CGUAUGGUUGAGCAUAGAGAAUAUAAAUAUAAUAUUUGCCGCGGAUAAAGCAUAUAUAAAAAGAGAAACCACACUUUUCUGAAGGGGAACUCUCUCCGGCGAAGCCCCUGAAGUUCCUCAACAGUUCUCGCCGUGACUCUCUUCCUCAAUGCAAUGGUUUGAUUAGAGGGAUGAUGAAGUUUGCUGGAUAUUCUCUGACAGCUCCAUUUACUCCUAUUUAUCCAAAUAUCCUUAAAAACUAUAGCAGAUUGCCGUCUGAUUUAAUUAAGAGGAAUUGGACCAAAUCAAGUAGCGUGUCUGUCCAUACCCAAAAAGAUCAAGUACUUGCAAAUGCUGUGAUGGUUGCCGAGCACUAUCUUCCUCCUUGGUUUAGUGUUGCUCCAAUGAUGGACUGGACAGAUAAUCAUUACAGGACUCUUGCUCGGCUUAUAUCAAAACACGCAUGGCUCUAUACAGAGAUGCUUGCAGCUGAAACAAUAGUUUAUCAGAAGGAUAAUCUGGACAGAUUCUUGGCAUUUUCUCCAGAACAACAUCCUAUAGUGCUUCAAAUUGGUGGCAAUAAUUUGGAAAACCUGGCAAAAGCAACCAAACUUGCUAAUGCGUACCACUAUGAUGAAAUCAAUUUCAAUUGCGGAUGUCCUAGCCCAAAAGUAGCUGGACAUGGAUGCUUUGGUGUUCGUCUUAUGCUUGAUCCAAAGUUUGUUGGUGAGGCCAUGUCAGUAAUUGCUGCCAAUACAGAUGUUCCUGUCAGUGUUAAAUGUCGAAUUGGUGUCGAUGAUCACGAUUCAUACAAUGAGCUCUGUGAUUUUAUUUACAAGGUUUCUUCUCUAUCACCAACUAGGCAUUUCAUAAUACACUCGAGGAAAGCACUGCUUAAUGGCAUUAGCCCAGCUGAAAAUCGAAGUAUUCCUCCCUUAAAAUAUGAGUACUUUUAUGGUCUCUUGCGUGACUUUCCAGACUUAAGAUUGACAAUCAAUGGGGGCAUAAAUUGCGUUGAUGAGGUCAAUGCAGCUCUAAGGUCAGGAGCUCAUGGUGUAAUGGUUGGACGUGCUGCGUACCAUAACCCUUGGCAUACUUUGGGACAUGUUGAUUCUGCAAUUUAUGGUGCACCAAAGAGUGGUCUUACACGUCGUCAGGUUCUAGAAAAGUAUCAAGUAUAUGGGGAUUCGGUUUUGAGAAAAUAUGGACAAAAACCAGGUAUUCGGGAUGUGGUGAAGCCUUUACUUCAUCUUUUUUACUCGGAGCCUGGAAAUGGUCUGUGGAAGCGCAAAGCUGACGCUGCUUUUCAACAUUGCACGACGAUUAAAUCAUUUUUUGAGGAAACCCUUGGGGCAAUUCCCGACACUGUCUUGGAUUCACCUGUCAUGGAGCCACCAUCUGGUCGUGAUGAUCUAUUUGCAAAUAUAAACAGUUUGCUACCCCCUCCAUGCGAAACGAAAGAAGAGGAGGUACUCUAUGCUUAAUUUGUAUACCUAAUUGGAAUUCAUUACUGCCUCAAAUUGUGAGCAAUUUUUUGGAACUCGAGCUGAUUAGUCUCGUGUAACAAUAUGUAUCAAAAUUCUGUUAUCUAUCAGCAUAUUUGAAUGACUAUUUUUUUCCCAGCA